AUUGUUUACCGCCCCCGGUUACCCUAAACCCUAAACAGAAGAUCGAAUCGGCAAAUUGUUGUCGUGCGUGCGUUUAUGAUGAUGAUGAAAGUCGCAGUGAAAGUUGGGAAAAUCCUCUCCCCAGUUGUGGUCAGAGCAAGUAACAAAAACCUCACAGCAAGAAUUGCUUCUCUUUCCACCGCCACCGCCACCACCUCAUCCUCAUCCUUUGGUGACAACCCCUGCGUUGAUCUGUAUUUGGAGUCCUUUAAUGAACCUUUUGACGACCAUGAAGAUAUGUAUUCCGAUUCCUUGACGGAUCCCUUUGGCUCCUGUGAUCCUUACAAAUGUCUGAAGUCAUUGCUCCCGCUGGCCUGGUCCCACGAUUCCCUUACUACCCUCAAGCUCAUUUGCAACCUAGCAAACCGCUAUGGAACAAGGGAAAGGGAAUUCUUCCACACGGCGCUGGUUUGGCUCCACAACAACCACCCCAAAACCCUAGCCUGCAACAUCGAGGCUAUUGCAGGCGGAGAACGUUCCCAGGUUUCUUUUGGCAGUUUAAGGGAAUUCGUCAUUAUUCUGUACCGGCUUCUCCUUCCAGAAGGAGGCAGCCACAAUAGUGUCAUUGAUGUUGCCAUCCACAAGAAGGGUGUUCUUGAAAGACACGAGCGUGACCCCAAUUAUCAGUUUUUACACAAUCGUGUUUCAGAUGUUUUUGCGGCCGACUUUAGGUCUGAUUUUGAAAAGUUGAAGAAAAAGAAGCCCAAUGAGAAAAUAAAUUGUGAUGAUUUUAGCAAGUCAAGUGCGCCCUUUGUCCUUGGACCCAUAGCCAGAAACGGCUACACGUCCUACAAUUACAAUGCCAGCUGUAUUGCUGUCACUACUAUUCCACUGUGUGAAAGCAUCGCGAGGAAGGUUUUUCCUCGCGGUGAGGAAGAGAGCGAGAACGAGGUUGAUUACACAUAUAGAGUCCUGAAUCGGCUAAGUAAAGAGGUUUUGGAGCCGGUGUGGGAGCAUAGUCCAUAUUUUUGGGUGGGGUAACGUGAAAGCCGGCAAGUUCAAUACUUCGGCAGAUGUUCUUCUUCCCCAUAAGAUCAUCUGCUCUGAACUUCAAUGGAAGGCAAUGGUGGAGGACUUGUCUAACAAAGGCAAGUUGAAGAAUUGCUUGGCUGUAUGUGAAGUCACGGGAACCUUGAGUUGGGUGUCGGUGGCUAUGGGGCUAUUGGUGUCUCAACUGAGUGAUCACGAGCCCUGGAAAGGAAAGGUCAUCCCUUUCACUCGUAAUCCUGAUAAGCUCCAUCUCAUACAAGGCAAUGAUCUCGAGUCUAAGCGCGCCUUCUUGAGCGACAUGAAAGGCCUUGGAGAUAGCACUACAACUCAAAAGGUGCUUAAUUUGAUUCUCCAGGAGGCCUUGAAUGCUAAUUUGAAGCCGGAACAUAUGAUCAAGAAGGUGCUAGUUUUUGCCCACUUGGACUUUGAUAUGUCUUCCAGCCACGCGGAUCACUGGCCGAUUACUUAUCAGGCAAUGAGGAGCAAGUUUGAAGAGAAAGGCUAUGUGGUGCCACACAUAGUGUUCUGGGACUUGUCUCAUGACAACAAGAUCAAAUGUUCACAACUAUCAGGGAUGACCACCUAUAGUGGCUACUCCGAUGAUUUCCUCAAGUUGUUCUUGGAUAGGGACGGGGAUGUCGAUCAGGAUCAUGUCAUGGAAGCAGCAAUAUGUAGAGAAGAGUACCAAAAUCUGGUUGUAGUCGACUGAGUACUACUCAAUCGUGAUUGAUCAUUCUUUUAGUUAGUUCAAGUCUUUUAAGUUAUCA